AUUGUGACCUUCCACCAUCUUGCCGCUGACUGGCAUACUAAACACUUCUCGUGUACCUCUCGCGAGUCAUAACGGGCGCAAUCUCUUCACUCAAGUUGUCAUUGUCAUUCCUUCCUUGUGUAUCCAGCUACCUCCGUUCACUCGUUAAUUGCUGGCCGAGUUUUUUCUUCCUCCUUUUCAUGAAGAUUGGAUUCAGAUUGCUGGACUUUAGCAAAACUCUGGGAUUCCCAACUUCCACCAGUCGCACCGCUGCACUCCGUUGCACCAAAGGCCAAGAGAACAUACCUAGUCAGCGGACACCUCCGUCACCGUGUCUCCCACAGUCUUUCACAACUUCGGUUUAUCUCAAGUUUUCGCGGUCACUCUCGCUUGAAUCCUGUCACCCCCCCGACACCCUCUGCCACAAUGACCAUCUCCAGCCUCCUCCACACCAGUCGAAUCAGCGACGCCCUCCUCCACACCAUCUACGCUUCCGAUCAAGAAAUGUACCCGGCUCCGUUAACCUACGAGCGCCUGCAAAGCUGGAGAGACGCCUGUCCUGAGCUGUCAAUCUGCUUCAGUGCUAGCAAUGAUGGCUCGGAAACUCCACUGGGCGUCAUCAUUGUCCUUCCUCUUGUGAAGAAGUAUUGGGAGGACUUGCUGGUGGGCAAGAUCAAGGAGGUGGACAUUGAUGCUGGAGAGAUGUUCGCGGGUGUUGGUGGUGAUGGUGGUGGAAGCAGCACGAAGAUGGAGAGUGAGAUACAACUGCAAGCGCCUAUGGAGGUCGGAUUGCAUGUGUUCCACAUCGAACGCUUCACUGCAUGGGACGCCGAGGACGCCUCGAAAAAGACUGAUGCGCGGCCUGCAACGGUGACAGUGGGAGGCUGUGAGUAUGGCAGCAUGCGAUUUGCGGACAUGGCAUUGGCAGAGAUCCAGAGGAGGGUCGAGGCAUUCAACGCUGAGGCGGCGGAGAGGAGAUGGGAUGUUUGUGGAUUCUCUGCACUCACGGCAACGCCUGCGGGAAAGAAGACAUUCGCGCGCUUGGGUUUUGUGUCCACGGGAUACAAGGAGAUUUUUCGGCUCAUUGAGACUUCAUCGUCGUCAUCCCCAACUUCUGAGGUGCACUCGAGCGGUGAUGAUUUGAGAGGCUCUCAGAACAACGCAGGUCCUCAUACGACAGUGAGCGCCAUCUACAUCUACCCAGGCGAAGCCCGCACGGAGAAGUUGGGAUCCGAUGUCAUUUCAGAAUCGGAGAUGACUGUCAGAUACAGUGCGACUUCUUCCGAGAAGAUGAGCAGAGUCCGGUGGUAAUGCAUGCAAUUAUUGUCUACCAGUGGUCGACAGGUUCCUUCGUUGCUGAUCCAAUCACGUCGGUUACGUUCCACAAUGUGCUUCAGCAGGAGUCAUCUUGUGGUCUGAACCGAUCAGGUACCUAUCUACCUCCCACAUCUCGAAGCUCUCGCUCACAUUUGAAACCCCGCUCCUGGUAAAUGUCAACGCUACUUCAACUCAUACCCUCUGCUCGUCUGGCACUACCUUACCAGUUUUGUCUCAUACAGACUACUCAAUUUUCCAAGCUACAAUCUGGAGAUUCGAACUCCUGGAAAUGGGCACUUUACCAGAAAUGUACUCAACGAAAAGUCGAUGAGCACCCCUCGAGCGCAGUACUUCUUACCGCUUCAAAGCUUUGUCAAUAGAACAAUUGGCAACAAGCAAUCCUCGGACAUGGCGCCUGUUAUUGUUGCCGACACCUAAGCCUGCCAAGGUUCUUUGUUGGAUAGGGGCACAUACCUCUCGCCAACACAGGAGGUGCUAAAGUACCCGAGAUCAGACUGGCUGACCAGCUGAUGAAAAAAUAAUCUGCCCAAAAGCCGAGAGGCUGUCGAGAGUCAACCUGUCGCUCUGAAUGGGUUGAUUGUUGGCCUGCUAGAGGAGUAUGGCGAAACGUGGAUCUACAAUUCGACCUUGGAAAAACGCCAAGGACAGAAAGGAGCCGGUAAACAGCACUGGUUCGAUAGGAGAGAAGCGACAAUUUAAGACCGUUAUGUAGGUGAGGUUGACUUCCAUGAGUUGCUUUGUCUUGUCGACUCAGACUACCCUUUGAUGAAUGGCUCCAUCAAGGAUGUUUACCAUCAAGGGACGAAUCUAGUAUUCAGGGGCAUUUACGACUACACUUGACUUGGGUUGUCUAUUACCUCGAUGUUCAAUAAUCCAGCCGGCUGGGGACAACCGAAGAGAGGGUGAUAGGAUGCACAGGCAAUGUCAUGAGAGGAAUGGUAUAGUGUCUGCGUACGACCAAAGGAUUCGCUACCAAGCCGUGAGCGCAUUCUCCGUAACGUCAGUAGCCUGGGUCGCCGAAUGUCUGAUCCUCCCGCUUUUGACCGACCAUUUCGAAGCUGAAGAAGCUAACCGCGAAGGCUUCACAUGUACCAUUCACAAGAUGCAGUACUACUCCGCCCUCGAACCGCUGGUUCCCCUACACAUCUAGAGGUGGUGAUGGAGGUGUAUAUUGAGAUGAUCUACAAUGCCUCACCAAAGGUGCAGUGCCGUACAGUUCUUCGGAAUUAUGCACAUACUGCCAAGACGUUCGCGAAGGAGACCUUCAAGCUGAAAACGUGGAAGGAGUUGCGGGCCAUCAAUGAGACAGAAUCAAGGCCUAGAACUACUUGUCUGGGCUAGAAACGCCUCUAGCCCAGACGAGUAGAGCUGGUCACCGCUUCUACUCUGCUUCUCGAAGCCAAGAACACCACAACUAAAGAUCGCCAACAUGACGGAGAAACAGUUGCAGGUUGAAUAGGAAAUUCUGAUCGCCUUCACCGAGCACUAUAAGUUCCAGCAAGCCGAAGCACAGCGAAAGGACAAGCGAGAAAUGUCGUACGAAGAAAUCGAGUGCCUUCAACAGCAACGUUCAACAAU